GGGCUUGGUCCCGUGCCCGCGCCCCGCGAACGCGCAUCAAAUCAGCAUCGAUGAAGUUGGUGCGAACAUGGCGGAUUUCCUGCCGACCAGGUCCGUGCUCAAAGUUUUCCUGCCCGUGUGCCUGCUCAACAGCGGCGAGGUGGAGCAGCUCCGCCGGUCCAAGGAGAUCGACCGGUGCCUGUCCCGGGAGAAGCCGUACGUGAAGCGGCUGGUGAAGAUCCUGCUGCUCGGCGCGGGCGAGAGCGGCAAGUCCACUUUCCUCAAGCAAAUGCGGAUCAUCCACGGGCAGGACUUCGACCAGCGCGCCCGGGAGGACUUCCGAUCCACCAUCUUCAGCAACGUUAUCAAAGGUGUCCGUGUGUUGGUGGACGCGCGGGAGAAGCUGCACAUCCCGUGGGGCGACCCCAACAACCAGCCGCAUGGGGACAGCCUGAUGGCGUUCGACACCCGCUCGGCGAUGAUGGCCAGCGGGCAGCUCGAGACGUCCAUCUUCCUGCGGUACCUGCCCGCCAUCAAAGAUCUGUGGGCAGACUCGGGGAUACAGAACGCCUACGACCGCCGCAGGGAGUUUCAGCUGGGUGAGUCUGUGAAGUAUUUCUUGGAUAAUCUGGAUAAGCUGGGCGAGCUGGAUUAUCUCCCCAGUCAACAGGACAUCCUUCUGGCCCGUAAACCCACCAAAGGCAUCCACGAGUAUGACUUCGAAAUCAAGAACGUUCCCUUCAAGAUGGUGGACGUGGGCGGGCAGCGCUCGGAGCGGCGGCGCUGGUUCGAGUGUUUCGACUCCGUCACCUCCAUCCUCUUCCUCGUGUCCUCCUCAGAAUACGAUCAGGUGCUGAUGGAGGACAGGCAAACCAAUCGACUGCGUGAAUCCCUCGACAUCUUCGAGACCAUUGUCAACAACCGCGUCUUCAGCAACGUCUCCAUCAUCCUCUUCCUCAACAAGACAGACCUGCUGGAGGAUAAGGUGAAGAGCGUUCCGCUCAAGGACUACUUUUCCGACUACACCGGGCCGGAGCACAGCCUGCCGGACAUCCAGGCGUUCAUGGUGGACUGCUUCCGCACCAAGAGACGCGACGCCACCCAGAAGCCCCUGUACCACCACUUCACCACAGCCAUCAACACGGAGAACAUCAGGCUGGUGUUCCGCGAUGUCAAGGACACCAUCCUCCACGACAACCUCAAACAGCUCAUGCUCCAAUGAGCCUGGUCCACCUGUGAACGCAGAGGAGCUGAACGAGGACACGACCUCCCCCUCGUUCCUAAAGAGGACGUGAGAGAGACCAGCCUCAGAAGAAUCCAGUAGACGUCAGCGUUGUUCUUCAGCCGUUUUUAUAUUAGUUUUUACACUCCUCUUUUGAAGAGUUGGCCUUCUUCAGGGUUUGGUAGGGGAACGAGUCAGCAGGGCGGACGGUCCGUGGUUUUAAAAGAAAGACGCGCCCGACAGUUUGGAUGUUUGAUGACGUCUGAUCUCCGCUGCUUUCGUUUUGAGACCAUCUCCUCCGGCCUGAGCUCGGCCUCACAGCACAAGACUCCCAGCUCCAGUGCCUGGCUGUGGAAACCAGAGAAACCUUUAACAAACGGGGGGGCCACAUGGUUCCUCAACCAGAUAAAAACCACACAGGAAAUAACCACGGUGAAAAGCGUACUUUUGAUACAACAUGCAAGCGAAGAGUUAGACGGUCCAAAUGUACCAAUAUUAUCUGUGCCAGAGUUGAUUUGCCAGUCUUUGUCCAAGCACUGAAUUCAUCUAGUCUGAAAUCACUCCCUUUGUGUCAGUUGUUCUCUCCAGUGCUGCUGUGUGAACAUUGUUUCUCAGCCCCUGUUGUCCAUACGGGGUUUCUGAUGAUCUGGAGACUGAACAAUUGUCCUUUUUUUUUUUUUUCAUCAUACGGCAGCACCACUCCUUCCUCUUCCCGUCCCACUUAUUCGUUUUCUUGUUCGAACAUCAGCAGAUUGACGGUGCUGGCACGCGGCAAGUGUUGCCAGGACGAGGGACCAGCUCGUUGAUGGUGAAAGAGUCGAGAACUGUUAAAGGAUUUUAAGGAAACUGGCUCCUGGAAAACCGCUAAAAAAAAAUAAACAUUCCACUUCGUGUCUUUAUAAGCAAAUAAUUUUGAAUCCUGCGUUUGUGCCUCGUUUCCUUCGUUGAGCAGAUAGUUACGUUGAUAUUUGAGGGUAGAUUCACCCUCAGUUUGCUGAGUCGGGGGUUUGCCAGUGAGCAUGGAGUCCACAGUUUUCUCAGGGUUGAUGAGUUAAUGCUGACGUCGUUGUUGGUGAAGUAACUGAAUCGUUUAAUCUUAAUCUGGGCGGCGGAGCGGUGGGACUCGGCUGGGCCACAGUACAGCUGUGUGGUGUUUGGUACUGUCCCCGAUCUUCGACCCUAGACCCCCAUCUUCUCCUUCCUCUGUCGCUCCCUUUGUUCUCAUCUCUGAUUAGAUGCCACGUAAAGGGACGGACCUCCCCUGUUUGCCUGAAUGAUGAAUGUGUGUUAAUAGAUGUACAGAGAUUUGCUCUAGAUGGUCAGAAUAUACUGUAACCCAACGUUGCCUGUGGUGAGAUGUAACCAGUCGUGGGAGAGUUUCUGUGUCGGCACUGAGUUGUGACUCCUCUGUGAUUAGUUUUGUUUUUUUACAUGCGAUCUUGUGCUGUUUAGGAUUUUUUCCCUUUUUAAGACGACAUUUGUAGAAGAAAAUAAAGACACGCAAAAAAAAGCCACUGGAGCUGAAUAGUUUUGUCAGCGGCUGUUUUCUGUCGGGGGCCAAUCUUUGUUGGAGGACGACUUCCAGGCACUGUUCGAAUCUCUGUUUCUCUGCCAGACCCCCAUGCCUUCUUGACUCUGCUCACAUCGACAGACUGUAGUUUUUCUCUCCUGCUGUGAGCUUCAGUUUCGCUUCCAGUCCUGGCGUUGUACAUACUGUAAUCUGUUGCCAUGUAAAUAAUAUUCAGGUUUAUCUCCUUUAUAUGUAAAUGGUUGUAGAAAUGGCAUUUCCCCCCCACUUCCUCCUUUCUGAAUGUGUUUCAAAUCACUGCUUUUCCAAUGAAGAUGACUUUUUCAUGUAGAUGUAUUUUUGUGUAAUUUUGACAUCGCCCUUUUGAAAUUCAUUCCUGUGUCAAGUCUCAUACCACUUUAACCCUCUCAAUAAAUACACUUUUCUAAUGAAA